AUGGAGACUCCUUUUACUGUCAAGGCUCAGCCGGGAACUGAUAUCUGGAAGCAGCCUCCUUCUACAGACGUCUUCACAGCCCCCUUCCGUCCUCACUCGAUCGCUCCGCUGAAGCACUUUAUCUCAGCAACAAUCACCUUCCGCACAACCUACGUCCACCAGUACGACCAAGCCUGUCUUCUCCUCACCUUCACCAAGCCAGGUGCCCCCCGAAAGUGGAUCAAGACAGGCAUUGAGCUGUACAAUGAGCACCCGCGCUACUCAACUGUAACAUGCGACUCUUGGGCCGACUGGAGCGUUGAGGCGGUAGGACCCAACGAUGAAGCUGGUGUCAAGAGUGGUGAAAAGAGCGUCACUAUCAAGGCGAUGAAGGUCGAGGAUGCCCUGGGUGUUUGUCUCUGGGUCUACAGGGUUGAUGAGAACGGCGAAAAGACGCCGCUUAGACAGACAAACUGGGUGUACGGCGACGAAGGUGGUGAGGGCUGGGAGCUCGAGGUCUCAGCUGCUGUCGCCAGGCCAGAUCCUCAUAAGAACAUCAAGGAUGAUCUUGAGGCUACGUUUGACAAGUUGGACGUCGAAUGGGAGAAGCCUACAGCUUAA